UUCGCUUUUGCUUCCAAUUUGUGUGCAAUUCCUCAAAUUCUCCUCAAACCUGAGUUCCAAUGUUUGUGUAUUAUUUUAAUUUUGUUUUCUUUAAAAAUUUAAAUAAUACAAACAAUAAAAAAGCAAUACCGAUAAAAAUACUAUCAUCCAGUUUCAGUUAUUAACAACGAAAUCAGAAAAAGCAUUUAAGAGGAAACAGGCAAAAAUUAUCUCUCGUGUACCAAUUUCUAUGCCAUAAAAUGCAAAACUAAUUGUGGUUCCAGUUUAGUUUAUGCACAAAUACAAAAAUAGAACAAUCAAUUUUUUAAUUAAAUUGCGUGAUCGUAAUUAGCAGCAGUAACGGCAACAGCAACGGCAAAGGCAACCAACGAACGGCAGCAGCCCACACACCGAGGAACCGACUAUAAUAAAUUAUAUGACCUAUUUAUGUGACGACGCAGUUGAGGUAAAUUUAAACUCAAAUAGUCAUUCGAUAUCCUCCGUUUGAGCUUGGCUAUAAAACACCAGAACAUCCGAACACCAUCAACCCUUACUACAUACAGUCAUGGACACAAAAAUCGAUAACGCUUUGAUACAAAAGAAAAUUUUACAUCCUGGCAAACAAUACGUUCAACUUCGGCCUGGCACAAGGGUGAAAUUCCAUUUCCAAACACGGAGGAUUGACGGAACUCUGCUCGAUGAUAGCCGCAAAAUGGCAAAGCCAAUGGAGCUGGUGCUGGGGAAGAAGUUCAAACUGGAAGUGUGGGAGGUUAUUGUCCAGAAAAUGGCACUCAAUGAAGUUGCCAAAUUUACUGUUGAUAAAUCGUUAGUUUCGCAAUAUCCUUUCAUCUCAAAGACUCUUCGCGAUGUUGGGAAGAAACAAGAGGAGCGCCGGCACUGCUGUGGGAUGACACUACAAAACGAAGGUAUCGGUUAUAAGGAUCUCGACGAGCUGUUCUCGAAUCCCUCGGACCUGGAAUUCAUCAUUGAGUUGUUCUCAAUCGAAAUGCCCGAGGAUUAUGAAAAGGAACGUUGGCAGAUGUCCGACGACGAGAAGAUGCAAGCUACCCAUGACCUUCGCGAAAAAGGCAAUCAGUUUUACAAAGAAAAGAACUAUACGAAAGCAGAAGAAUGCUACUCCCAGGCUAUUGGCAUCCUCGAGCAACUUAUGCUAAAAGAAAAACCUCACGACACAGAAUGGUAUGAACUAGCCGCCCUCAAAGUGCCUCUACUCCUCAACUACGCGCAAUGCCGUCUCCUGGCUGAGGACUUCUAUGCCGUGAUACACCACUGCACCGAAGUAAUAACCCUCGAUUCACAAAACGUCAAGGCAUUCUUCCGGCGUGGCAAAGCACAUAUCGGUGCGUGGAAUGUGGACGAUGCCAAAAAAGAUUUCAACAAGUGCAUCGAACUGGAUCCGUCGUUGCGAGGGGCAGCGGCAAAGGAACUCAAAGCACUCGAAGAAGCACAAAGGAAGAUGGACAUAGAACAAAAAGCAAUUAUGCAGAAAAUGUUUUAGAGUUCAAAACAACUGAGUAUUUAUAACCAAGCGUAUUGAGAAACUGUGAUGAUUUGUUAUAAAAUGGAGUGUUCCUCUCUUCCCAACACGCACACCAAUCCCAAAUAUUGUGAUGUUAUUUAUCAGCAUGCCUUCUCUUUGUUGUGUGUGUGUUAAUUUUAUUUAAUCAUUUAAACUAAAUAAAUCCUCGUAUUAUUGCUUUUGUUUAGAACAAAACGAGAAAAACUUAAUAACAAAUAGAAUUAAUCUUCUUUUAUUCUCUCCCUUGAGUAACAACAACACCAAAAAAUAUAUAUAAAUGUAAACAUCCUGAUCUUUGGAAAAACUCUGUUCAAAGUAGUUAAAUUUUUUGUUUUUUAAAAACCAAAUUGAAAUAAUAAAAUUAGUUUCUUUUAUAUAACUCUCAA